AUGGUUCUGCACAACCCCAACAACUGGCAUUGGGUCAACAAGGACGUGUCGGCGUGGGCCAAGGACUGGUUUAACGAGAACCUGUCCAAGGUCGAGGCCGAGGAUGGCGACGUCAAGGCCAAGGUGGACAAGGUGCAGAGCAUGGACGGAGACGUCGAUGUCAGCCAACGCAAGGGCAAGGUGAUUACCAUCUUUGACGUCAAGCUGGUGCUGCAAUAUUCUGGCUCUGCUCCCGGUGAGGACGAUGUCUCUGGCACCAUCACUGUGCCCGAGGUCGCCCAUGACACGGAAGAAGACGAGUACGUGUUUGACGUAGACAUCUUUGCCGACUCCAAGGAGAAGCAGCCCGUGAAGGACCUCGUCCGCUCCAAGAUUGUGCCCCAGCUGCGACAGGAGUUCCAGAAGCUUGCCGGCGCCCUCAUCGCCGAGCAUGGCAAGGAUAUCCAGCACGCCCCGGGCUCCAACCCCUCGAGCGGUUUCUCGACCCCCAAAGUCCACCCCCAGACCACCUCCACCUCCAAGCCCGCUGCGGCCCCCGAGGCUGUAAAGACCAGUGGCACCGUGAACACGACGACCGUGACCGAUAACGAAGAGUUCCGCACCACGGCUGAGGAGCUGUACCAGACCUUUGUCGACCCUCAACGAAUUGCUGCCUUUACCCGAUCUCCUCCCAAGGUCUUCGAGGGUGCCAAGCUCGGCGGAAAGUUUGAGCUGUUUGACGGCAACGUGUCUGGCGAAUAUCUCGAACUCGAGUCCCCCAAGAAGAUCACACAGAGCUGGCGUCUCAACCAGUGGCCCGCCGGUCACCACUCGAAGCUGCACAUCGAGUUUGACCAGAACGACGUCGACCACGUUACCGUCAUGCGUGUUACCUGGGAGGGAGUGCCCAUCGGCCAGGAGGACGUGACCAAGCGCAACUGGCUCGAGUACUAUGUCAAGAGCAUUAAGCAGACUUUUGGAUUCGGCACCAUUUUGUAA